GGCUGCUUCCAUGAACAUGUGGCUGUGUUUAUGAAGCUGUUUAUUUUGUGUUCACCUUCAAAUUAAGCCUGGUGCUUUAACAUUAUUACACAAUGGGGGAGUUCAGAGUGCAUCACGUACGAUUCUUUGAGUAUGUACCCAAGGCCAUUCACUCACUUGCAUAUGAGCCAACUCACAAGAAGUUUGCACUGUCGCGGUCUGAUGGUUCCGUUGAAAUCUGGAGCAUCACUGAAGAUUGGUAUCAAGAAAAGAUCAUUCCGGCCAGUGAGGGAUUUUCAGUGGAAGCUCUUGUGUGGCAAGGGAAGCGACUCUAUUCAGCCGGUUUGGAUGGAAAUGUCACAGAGUAUGAUCUCUUGAGACUGCAACCAAAGAUUUCCGUUGCAUCGAAUGGCGGACCAGUUUGGUGCCUGACUAGCAAUUCUGAAGGAACUCAGCUGGCUGCGGGUACAGAAGAAGGCUGCGUGGUUCUGUUCGACACAGAAACUGGAGUCCUGGAAUACCACAGAUCCUUAGACAGGCAGGAAGGUAGAAUCCUGUCGAUUGCGUGGCACUCUGCGGACGGUGUGAUCGUGACCGGCGGGGUGGACAACAUCCGCCUGUGGAGUGUGAGUUCAGGCCACGCCCUGCAGAGACUGACCGUGGGGCGGCAGGAGAGAAACAAGGAGACCAUUGUGUGGUGUCUGGCAGUCACGAGUGACAUGACGGUGGUGAGUGGAGACUCGAGGGGUAAGACGUGUUUCUGGAAUGGAAAACAAGGGACGUUGAUCAAGAGUUUCCAGAGUCAUAAAUCUGAUGUUUAUUGUAUGGCAGUCAGUAUGGAUGAGAAGAACGUGAUCACGUCUGGAGUUGACCCGACUGUUAUGCAGUUCGAGUACAUCCAGACCCAGGCUAACAGCGAGUGGAAGACGUGGGUCCGUUCGUCCGUCCGUAUGCAGCACACACAUGAUGUCCGAGCUCUGGCCUUCGCCGAGAACUUCAUUCUGUCAGCCGGUGUCGACACAAACCUGGUGAUCAACGCUUUUGACCACGGAAGCAAGCUUCCUCCACACAUCUGGAGGAAGGUUUCUCCCAUUCCAACCACGCGUCUAGUUUGUGUUGCGAAGAAAGCCAAAAUGUUGUUGCUGAGGUACCCAAGACAUCUGGAAGUGUGGACGCUUGGACAUACAAACAGAGUGUCAGACAAGAAUGGUGAAAUUCUCUCGUUAAAGUCGAAGCCUGUCAAACUGGUUCAGCUGCUGGCUCGGACCGGCUCCUGUAUCGUCUGUAGCGCCAUUUCAUCUGACGGUCGCUACGUAGCUUACUCUGACGAAAAGGGCGUUCGUUUAUACACCAUGUCGAUGGACAAGAAAGAUGUAAUUUCCGCUGAGUUGAAGGUAGAUCUGAGACGAAUAAAAACGAGUCCUGGAGAAAACGUCUCACCCGCUCACCGAAUGGUCUUCGGUGAAGAUGGCUGCCACCUCGUCACGGCAACCAACACUGCGGAGAUACAAGUCCUCGACAUCACAGAGUCCAAUGUGACGGUUCUCCAUACAUUCAGGUCUUCAAACGAUGCUGAACCAAUUCACUUGUUGUCAAUCAGCAGUGACUCAGUCUAUGUAGCUGUGGCGGACCACCAUUCAGAAAUCAGACUGUACAACAUCAGAACCAAUAAGCACGUGUGCAAUCUUCCAGCGCAGGGUAGUAAGCCGAGUGCGAUGACGUUCUCUCCUCACAACUCCUACAUAGUGGUAGCGUACUGCAAUCACCAGGUUUUUGAGUUUGACGUAAAGAAGCGAGAGUUCACUGCCUGGAGCCGACAGUACAGCCACCACUUCCCUCGAGCGUGGAGCAAGCGCUAUCACAAGAUCACAAACAUUGCUUUUAACCCUCGCAGUGACCAGCAGCUGUUAAUGGAGGAAGAGUUGACAUUCAUCAUCAUUGAUAAAUCACAACCAUUUCCAGACAAGAAUGUGAAUCUCGAGUCAGAUAGAAGAGAGAGUCACGGUUUCCAUCUGUGUAAUAAUUACAAGUACAUAAUGUGUAUCGAGCCUUUAAGCGAUGACUGGCUGGUUGUGGUAGAAAGGACGCCGCUCGCCAUCGCAGAACAACUUCCGCCAGCUCUGAAACAGAAGAAAUUCGGAACAUGAUGAAAACACCCGUCAUGUUCUACUGGGUUAUUUCCCUUGAAGGCUGAAUACUACAGAGUUGUCGUCUCCCUUGAAAGUUGAACACUAUCGAGUUACUGGUCUUGAAAGCUGUGCACUACUGGGUUAUCUCCCUUUAAAGCUGUGCACUACUGGGUUAUCUCACUUUAAAGCUUUGUACUACUGGGUUAUAGCCCUUGAAAGAUGUGUACUACUGGGUUAUCCCCCUUGAAGUGUUUAGUCAUGCAGGUUCCAUUAGACCAAAUCAAUUCCUAUUGCCGAUAAUGUUAACGUUUACUAAUAAAACUGAUAUAAGCAGCGUUUCAACACACCCAGGAAGUACAGCAAUAGAAAGUGUGGCACCUCACAUCUA